GCCGCCACUGGGAGUUCGGCUAGGAGCCGCUGGAAGCCCCGCGUCGUGACAGUCCGACCGGCCUAUCGCUUAACUUUUUUUCACCGACUCGAAAGCGCCUUUUCACGCUUUGUCCAUGCCCGGGAGUUUCCUGGAAGCGAGAAGACAGCGCUGGUGCCCCUGACUGUCCCUCAGGAUGAGUGAGGCCGAAAGUCAGUUCUCUAGUGUUCAGGUGGGGGACUCUACCUUCACCGUGCUCAAUCGGUACGAGCAGCUCCGUGCCAUCGGCUCGGGCGCCCAGGGCAUCGUUUGCUCUGCCGUAGAUACAGUUCUCGGCAUCUCUGUGGCGGUGAAAAAGCUGUGUCGGCCCUUCCAGAACCAGACGCAUGCUAAACGUGCAUAUAGGGAGCUGGUGCUGCUAAAAUGUGUCAACCACAAAAAUAUUAUCCGUUUGAUCAAUGUGUUCACGCCUCAGAAGUCCCUAGAGGAAUUCCAAGAUCUAUAUUUGGUGAUGGAGCUGAUGGAUGCUAGCCUGUGCCAGGUGAUCCACAUGGAUCUGGACCAUGAGAGAAUGUCUUAUCUGCUUUACCAGAUCCUUUGUGGCAUCAGACACCUGCACUCUGCUGGUAUCAUUCACAGGGACUUGAAGCCUAGUAACAUUGUGGUGAAGUCAGAUUGCACCCUGAAGAUCUUGGACUUUGGCCUGGCUAGGACGGCGUGCACCAACUUCAUGAUGACCCCGUAUGUGGUGACCAGAUACUACCGGGCACCAGAGGUCAUUCUGGGGAUGAAGUAUAAGGAGAAUGUUGACAUCUGGUCUGUGGGGUGCAUCAUGGGAGAGAUGGUAAAAGGUAGCGUCAUCUUCCAAGGCACUGACCACAUUGACCAGUGGAACAAAGUCAUUGAGGUUCUGGGCACGCCCACCCUGGAGUUUAUGAACCGUCUAAUGGAGACUGUGAGAAACUAUGUGAUGAACAAGCCACAGUAUCCAGGUGUCAGCUUUGCAGAGCUUUUCCCUGACUGGGCCUUUCCCUCGGACUCGGAACACGACAAGCUCAAGACGAGUCAAGCUCGAGACUUGCUGUCCAAAAUGCUGGUCAUCGACCCCGAGUGCCGCAUCUCAGUGGAGGAAGCUCUCAAUCACCCCUACAUACACAUGUGGUAUGACCCUGCUGAGGCAGACGCGCCUCCUCCCCAGAUUUCCGACAAGCAGCUAGAAGAGCGAGAGCAUAGCAUCGAGCAGUGGAAAGAGCUAAUUUAUGAAGAGGUGAUCGACUGGGAGGAAAGGAACAAGAACGGUGUGAUGAAAGAGGAUUGCUCAGAUGUGGUAUCCAGUUCAGCAUCGCAGUCGUCCUCGGCCAAUGACAUCUCAUCUAUGUCUACGGAGCACACAGUGGCCUCGGACACAGACAGCAGCAGCAUCGACACGCUGACGGGGCCACUGGACGAGAGUCAGUGAACGCAAUGUGUCUUUCUCCGUUUACCACCCCUCAUCUUCACAAUCUUAACAUCUUUUCUCAUUCAAAUCGAAUCUGCCCCCCCCCCCCCCCCCCCAUUUCUUUUAAAUUGUGGAUCUUCUUUAUCAUCUUCACUUCCAAACCAUUUUUGGACCGCUGCUUAGAGGUCAAAGUUUGUGCUAUGCGACUCGUUACCUUUCUAACUUGGUGGAUGAUGCAUGCAUUAAUUUACCAGGAGCACGUCAUUUCGGGCUGUUGUGGUUUGUUCGAUAUUGUUGUAUUUUAAUAGUUUUAUUUUUGUAGCAGAUAUGUUGAAACAAGAGAUUUUCUGUCAUCAACUUAAUGCAGAAGUGAAGCAAAUGUAGACCACAGGUACUCUCGUGCAUGUUUCAGCAAAACGGGGGGGGGCGGGGGGGAAGAAAAAGCUUAAACUCAAUAUUUAUACAGUGAUCGCCUCAGCCAAAGAUUGAUCCCUCGAUUCUUAGCUGGCUUGUAAUCUCCUCCUGGUGCACUCUGCAAAGUGCAUUCAUUCAUUUGAACUGAGUUAUCGAGAGAAUUUACUCCUGACAGCAUGGCAAAGCUGUGGUUGCAUUGUUUUAUUCCGCCUUGUAAUAUACUGUAUGUAAAGAUGCGCACACACGUUGUGGUUGUAGAGCCAUUCAUUGCAAAUAGUGUUUUUGAAGACUUUUUGUGCCUGUGGAUAUGUAUAUUAUUGUAAUCACCCAACAUUUUACAUACGAUACUCUUCUAGACAAUAUCAUUGUGGACAUCAAACAGAAACAUUAUCUCGUCAACUUGGAGGGGAUGUAAAGAGCGUUUGUUUUUUGUUUUUCCCCCUUUCUUCCAAAAUGUUGCACUUUAUGGGCCAUCCGAUCACCUAUUCACAAAUAUUUUAAUCAUCCAGCGCACAUUCGACACCAUUACAAAACACCAUGAACAGAAGCAACAAAACAAAGUAAUGUUGCAUGAAGAUGCAGUUAAGCUAUUACAUUUUGAUCAGAAGACAAAUCCUGUAAAUUCCUUGCUUGAUGAUUUGGGUUCUGAAAGAUGCACAGAAAGAUGUUUUUUUUUUUUUUGGGCAUUUCAUUGGCAUGGUAUUAAAAUGUUACUCUGUAGCACCCUCUAACAUCAUCACUGUAAAGUUCACAGUUGGCUUCUCGUGUGGGAAGUGAUUGGAAGAUGUAGUUUAACAACAAAAGUACAUGGUGAUGAAUGAAGGUGUAAAUGUGGAGUAAAUCCUGAAGCCUGGCACAAGACAAGGAGGCAAACCUUUGAUAUGGACUUUGAAGCUUUGCACACAACUGGACUCAGCGAUGCUGCACUACAUUAUUCUUUUUCAAAGUCCAGCCUUUCUUUCACUCAUCCAUGCCUUGAUUGACCUGAGGACUGGCCAGCUCACUUUUUCCACGUUUUUUGUAUUUAUCAUGCGUUCUUCGAUUCUGAACACCUGUGCACAUAAUUUUACUUGUCCUGUUUAAUUGCAGUAUCAUUCAGGAACAUGUUCUCAGGAGAAUUUAGAAGGAUUUCACACAAGCUGUAAAUACCAGGAGGGAAAAAAAUAAUUUUGUGAAUGAAUGUUAUGAAAUGUAUAUUCCCUAACCCUAAUUACCACAGAAAAUGUCCAUGCAGGUGGAGUGUGAAAUCCCUUUUGAUUUUCAACUAUAUUCUCAUGAUAACGUGUUCAGCUAGCGCAGCUCAUACAAUUGUCGAUCAUGAUUAGGUUUCAUUUCUGUAUUUUUUAGAUUAUUCAUGAAGAACUAACUGUACAUCAUGGAAACCCUUCCCAAAAGAGGAAAGGGAGCAUUCUGUCGAGAGACAGAUAAACUACUGUAUGUGCUAUACAACAUCUUAUUGUGUUCUUAUUCUUCAUAAACAGUUACACAGUGCUGUAUACUGUAUACUUUCUCAAAAUCUCCUGAUGAUGUUUUCUGUUUUCUUCGCUUCGUUGUUGAGAUCACCAAAGGUGUCGAAGAACUGCUCCAUGUCUUUCUGCAGUGCCGAGUUGCGUAGCUCCGCAGCAGUCCGCGCUCUUUCGGACUCUGUGGUCUUUGCUUGCACAACUUGGUACCAGUGACGCUGCCGUGACAGGUUUGUUUUCAACAGAACCACCUCCGCCUGCAGCUCCUUGUUUCGCUCCUCUAGACUGAAAGUAAAGACGUGCAUCAGAAGGACAAGACACGAUCAAAGACAAGAAAACGCUCAGGUCAGUUGUCUGAUGGUUGAUUUGAUUGGUUAUGGUAUGGUAGCAUUUUUUUGUCAGUCCUCAGUCUGUGGGAAAUUACUUUUCAGAAUCACUUUAUUCGCCAAAUAAAUCCGGUAGAAAAACAAGUCUUUGACUUGGCAAUCAGCACUAAAAAAGAAACAAUAAUUCAAAACAGGACUAAACGGGCAGACGGACAAUUAAUGCACAUUAGCAAGAGUAUAUAAACUGAUAUAAUGAUGACCUUGUCUCAAUUUACGCACAGAUUCUCUGUGUGUGAAAUCUUGGCCUCUACCUGAACACAAAGCUUCCAUUCUCUGAUAUGAAUGGCAAAAAGCAGAUACAUUGGUUCAUUUGACCUUAACUCUGCCAUUCACUGGAUGAGCAUUUAACUUUUCUGCCUGUCACUGUACAGACUGGAAUAGAUAGAUGACGAUGGUGAUUUACUCCAAAAAAAACCAUUUGUCAAUAAUUUUCGGACCUAUGAAUGAAUUUCCCACAGCACGCAUGGUGAUCUCUCACGGGUUGAGCUACCACGGCACAGUGGUUGGGAAUCAUUGUACAAGACCAGUGGCGUCAAACUCCGUUUUAGCGUGGGCCACAUAGUACGGUUUCCCUCCAGAGAAACCAUAUGAAUGUUUCAUCGCCUGAUCAUUGUUAUAUAUACGCACACAAAAUGAUGGAUAACUACUUUUUAAAUCCGAAGUCAAGGAUAAUAGUUUGUUCAACUAUUGUUCACAUUACUGUAAAAAGGGGUUUGGUAACAACAACAAAAAUGCUUGCAAAAUCUCAACAUUAUUAUUUAGUAAAUAUUAUGACGUUAAAUUUUGGUACAGAUUUUAGCAAGAAUCAUGGAAGUUGACGGAAAUGACUUGCUUUCACCAGCCACAUAAAAUGUGUGUGCAUGUGGCCCCCGGGUUGCGACUUUGACAUGAUUGCUAUUUGGUUUUGUGAUAUCCACUUGAUACUCUUUUCAUCUGAGAGGUGUUGCUUGAGGAUUAAAAUAUAUAUAUAUAUUUUUUUGUUCGUUUUAACAUUAUUUGAGUUCCGACUGUAUCAUCAAAUUAUUAAUUCGUCUUUUGUGUUAAUGUUCUUUACUUGUUUGACUCUGUAUCAUGUAUUUGGAGUAAAUACUGUAUCAUUGAA